AGGCACCUUGACACAAUGUUACAAAAACAGAGGAGUGUUCGAGCGACUCGGCGAUCAUCUACUCACUCCUUCCAGGAAGUUGAAUCGAGCGCGGAGUGGCAGGAUCGCUCUUCUUCAGGCAAAAUGACUUUCAACCGGUUAUUAACUAGAGCUGUCCUCGUCAGCAGAGUUGGAUCCAGGUCUGUGUUCACAAGCUCCAAGCCUGACCUCAGUAAGCCCAGCUGGUUCCGAGUGGGUCUGGCCUUUGGAUCAUCUGUUGUCAUCUGGGGUCUGCUCUUCCAGCAGCACAGCACAGACGUACAUGAGUACAAAGUGAGGAAUGGCCUGGAAUAACCUGCCACAGUGCUAUGAGGUGGUCUGGUCCUCUUCUAGGAUGCACCUGUACCUCUGUGCGUUUCUUUCUGUUUCCACUGUUCCUGGUUCCUCACUCUGAAUUCUGUGUAAAAUAAAAAUGUAUUCUGUGAAAUA